AUUUUUUUUUUUCAGCUUGUUACGAUUCAACGUCAGGUCUUUGACUUUCUGGGGUACAUGUGGGCCCCCAUUAUAGGCAAUUUCUUCCACAUUAUAGCUGUGAUAUUAGGUUUUUUUGGAGGUUAUCAUUAUCGUCCUAAGUAUCUAACAGUGUACUCAGUAUGGAUGUGGAUAUGGCUGGGUUGGAAUAUAUUCACCAUUUGCUUUUAUUUAGAAGUAGGAAUGUUAAGUAGGGAUUCUGAUAUUUUAAACAUUGGAACAGAAAGCAGGAGCUGGUGGGAAGUGAAUGGUAUUGGUUGUCAGCCCAUGUACAAUUUCACACGUAAUACAGAAAAUCAUGUUUUAUUUUCCAAACCUAUUUCUGUUGAAGGUUGUCUUUUGGAAUACUACUAUGUGGAAUGUAUUCAAGCUGGUAUCCAGUGCCUUUUAGCAGUGCUAGGUUUUGUCGGAGCUCUUACAACUCUUACGCUCUGUACAGAAGAGGAUGAUACUUUUGAUUUCAUUGGUGGGUUUGACACUUACACAGCCUAUCAUUCUCCCAACAAGACCUCUCACUUGCACCUCCAGCCCAUUUACAGUGAAGCCAAGUACAGGUCUGCCAUAUAGUAUUGAAUACCAAGUUCAGGACCCAGAAAGCCUAUUGUAUGACAAGCCAAUGACACCUAGAAAAGUUAAGAGACACUCAACACGUUCCAAAAAAGGUCGUUAUCAGCCAGGUUAUAACCAGAAUCCAAUUCGAAGUAUACUUGACAGACCUCUGGAUACAUCAAGCAAUGACAGUUAUGGUGUUUUUUAUAGUGGUCAGCCAAAUCCUGCCUACACUAAAAGUGGAUCCCGACCUAGUUCUGAAGGAUACCUCCUCCGUCCGGAGUCUUUCUUACCUAAUGGUAGGCCAAGACAUAGCUACCCAAACCAGUCAGAAACUAAUAUAUGAGUAAUAGCUUUUUUAGGUACAUUGAAAUGUUUAAGCAGUAUAUUUUACCAAAGGAGAAUUUUAACAUUUUUAUAGUUCACAUAAUUUUCAGAUGAAUGUAUUUUCAUCCUUUUUUCAAUAUGAUCUUGAUCCAUUGAAUUUCAAGUGCAUAGAGGGUUUCACAUUUUAACAUUACCAUGAAAAUCAUAUCAUAAGCAGUUAUAUGCAAAUGUAAUUUAACGUUUAUUGAUAGUUAUAUGAUCAAAGAGUAAAAGAAUGGAAUUUUGUGUAAUUUCACUAUUUGAUGCUUUGGUCAAACAUUACUUUGAAAAAAACUGGUUCAAAAUGUUUACUAUUAUGAUGUACACUAUAAUGUUUUGAGAAAUGUUUUGUAUGUAUGUCAAAAUAAUGUAUAACUUUUAAGGGAAUGUUAUAAUGGAGAGUUUUAAAAUAUGUUCAGGUUUGUCUUUCCUUUGGCAUGUCAUGAAUGACAGGUGAAAUAAGUUGGUGAGGUUUAUGAACAUAGGAUUUGGUAAGAUAAGAAUGGGCUGUGUUUAAUGAACUAUAAGAAAUGGUCUCUCUAAAAGUAUGUUAGUAUACUAGCAGUAUUAAAUAAAAUAUGUGAAGAGACCUUAGAUUUGUAACAGUUCUAUAAUGCCCUUUGAAACCAAAUCAAAAUAUUAGGUGCCAAGUUCUACCAGAAGAAUGUUUAAAUUUAAAUGUAGAUGUAACAGAUAAUUUGUAUUUUAUGUGGUUUUUAUGUGCCAUGCAUAGACUUGUACUUUGUAAAAAGUUAUUAAAUGGAAAUGCUGUAAGGGAUUUGGAAUAGACAAGAUCCAGAUGCUGUUCUGCCAUAUCUUGAAGUUUUGUCAAUGAAAAAAAAAAAAACAUUCUGUGGCUGAAGAUGUGUUGCCAUAUGUUCAUAGUUGUUGUUUAAGUAAAUCUGUAGUAGUUUUUUUCUUACCUUUGAGUUUGUGUAUGAAGGAUAAGAUAUAAAAUGGAAAAACAAAAUGUGUCAAAAUUAAGAUAAUUUUUAUGAGAUUUUUGGAAUAAGUUAAUAGUAAUAAUAUACCAGUAAAGUUCCCAACUAUGCCUUUACCUACAUAAACUUUUUUUUGUGAGAAAUUUCAAUUAAACUACAAUUUUUAAUUAAAGUCACUCACAAUUGAUAUCUUAGAAACGUUUUCCAGUUAGGAAUAAAAACUAUAUUAAAACUACAGAUGCUAAAAUUCAAAAAUGGAGGGUUUAGAAUAUGAAUCAUGUUUACAUAUUUAAUAGCCAUUAAGAUCCCUUCCUUACAUCAAGACAAUCUACCAUAAUCAACUAUAAAUAUGCAAUAGUUUAUUUAGUCUUAAGUUAACAGAUUUGAAAUGUGUAUAAUAUUGCUCAUAUUUAAAUCAAAAGGUUCAGUAAGCCAUAGAAAAUGUUUUCGAACAUCCCAAAUGGUUAUUAGUUUUACCAGUCAGCUAUUUGGACAUACACUUGGAUUGAAUAAUGUAGUUUGAAUUAAAAUCUCAAUAACUAACUUUACAUUUAUUGGAUAUAUGUAUAGAUAGAUAGACAUAAACUAGAUGUAUUGACUACGCCAUUCUACAAAAUAUGGCUUAUAAUUAAUUGUAAUAUACCUUUACUCAAAAUUUUUAGAAAUAUUAGCGAUAAUUCUCUCCCAUAAAUUAAGUUAAAGAAAAAAGUAUUAAAAUUAUUAAUACUGCUUAGAAUAUAUUGUAUACAUACUUUGACUUUUUCAUCUGAUAUAUGGGUUUUGAAAUACAAUAUUUUGAAAAGCAGUUUAAUAUUAACAGUGUGUUUAAUAUACAAAUUAUACAGUCAAACCAAACAUUAUAUAAACUAGUAACAAGUCUAUAUCACACAAAGCAUAUCAGUGUAUAAGACAGAAUGUUUUUAAAAUUCUAGAGUGGGGCUAGAGACUAUACAUUAAUUUUUAAUGUAUCUAUUACUUGUCAGUGUAUAUGCAUGCACAGUAGUUUGAAUAACAUUGAAGAAUUUUGCUUAAAAUUUGUGGAAUUGAAAGCUUAUAAGUACUCAUAAUGAUUAGGAUUUUAGCUCAAAACCACCUGGUAAGUAAUAUAGGUAGCUGAUGGAGAGUUUUAAAAGUUCAACUUGAUGGUAACAAUUCUUAAACACUGAAGUGUGUUUCAGUAACUAAGUUUUCCAUUUAAUAUGCUAAAACCUUGGAACUUUUCUUGCUGAGAUUUGGUUUGGCAAUUGGAAAUCAUGUUAUCAGAAAAUUUGCUCAGUGAGUUUGCUUCUCACUCUUAUCAUAUAUUAAAAAAUGUUUAAUGUAUUGUUUACUGAAGUUUGUCUCUUGUUAGGUUCUAUGAGAUCUUAUGUCUGUAUUAGUACUUUUUAUUAAAUGAGGUUUGUUUGCAUAACUCUUGAGUGUUGUAAGUAAAAUUUAUCAUUCUAGGUUGUUUAGUGAGAUUUGUGGUCUGAUUCAUAGAAGUUUUUCAUAUUAACCGCUAACAUUAGUUCACUAAUUUUAUUCUAUUACUCCAAGGUAGUUCAAUGAAACUUAGUUUGUAUCAAUGUUUCUGGGAAUUUUCUAUCUCACUUGAUAUGCAAUAAGGAUUUUCUUUGUUUCGUGAUAUCUGGCUUAUUGAGGUUUUUGUGUGUAUCUUAUAAACGUGUUGCCUAGUGGUGUUAAUUGUAUGUAUUGCUUGUAAUUUAUAUGGUAACAGAUCACUAACAUGCAUAUUUAUUCAUCAUAUAAGAUAAGGCACAACAUAUUUACUUUCCCUAUUAUACUUUUUAUCUAGCGAGAUCCGUUUUAUGAUUAUCUUUCAAGUUUACAGUUUCUGUGGUAAACUACACAUAUUAACAUGUUGUUAAAAAGCCCAACAACUCACUGCCAAGUUGUAAGAAGAUACACUUUUAUAAAUUGCAGUAUUUAUUAUAGAAUUUCUUAAAAAAAAAAUUAAUAUUGCCUGUUUAAAAUAUUUUUUGAGAAAUUCUGGAUAGCAUGUGUGUUAACUUGCAAAUAUACCAUAAAUAAAGAAAUGAAUAAAUAUAAAUUACUCAGAUAAAACACCCAGUACUCUUGAAAGGUUUGAAUAAUGUUGGAAGUUUGAUGAAUAAUUUAAAAACAUGAGAAUUAAUGUUAAAUAUAUAUAUUUUGAGAUUUGUAACAUAUUUUGACACAUGUCUUCCACAUCAGUUAUUAUGCUAAAACACAGAUGGUCAAGAAAGAGAAAAACUGUACAAGAUUUGGAAAAGGAUUUUUAAAAAUACAGCUAUUUUUGUAACAUGCAAGCAUACUUUAUUAGUAUUGUUGAUAUUACUCUAAUGUUUAGAGUAGAAAUUGUGUGUGUAGCAGCUGGUUUUACUUUUUGGUCAGUUUUAGUGUGGGAAGUUUAUUCAUUCAAAAUUUUUCUUUUAAAAUGUGCAUAAGAAUUUUAUCAGUGUGUAAAAACUAAUAUGUCAUAUUUUUGAAUGUACAUAAUUGUUUUUCUCAUGCAUAUUAAGUUGUUAUAGAAAGACUGGUAGUCUUAUAAAGAAAGAUUAUGGAAGAGCUAUGUGCUCACUAUUUAUUAAGGAAUUCUAUAUAAAACAAAGAUAAAGGUAAUUUUACUAUUGUAGUUGAUGUAUACUUUUAUGAAAUGAGACUUUAAUGUAAACCAAAUUGAUUAAUAAUUUCACUCAUGCCAAUGUGUUAGCUUCUGGUUUGUGAGCAUUUAUGAGUAUGUAUUUUCCCCUGUAUGCAUAUUUUCUAGUGUUAUUUACUUUUUAAUGACUAUCAUUCACUUGAAUAGUUAUAUUUUUCAACACCUUGUUAUGAACAUAUCUAAACAAAAGCUAGAAGAUAAUAAGUACUAGAUAAUUAUUGAUCCAGGAUCAUUCUCAAGAUCAUAUUCUUUUGUAUAUGUAUGUAUAUCCAGUUUUUGAAAAACUGAAGAGUCAUUUAAUGCCCUUUAACUUUAUAUUUUAAAGACAAACACUCUUAGGACAGUAAAUAAUGUUCAUGAGAUAAUUUUGUACCUUUAUUCCUACUGCAUUCUUUAUGACUGUUGUUACACAGAUAUAUUCCUUGCAAUUACAAUACAAAUGUGUAAGAAUCUCUGUUAAUAUAUUAAUGUUUUAAAAUAUUUUUAAAUGUAUACAAGUUGUAUGAUAUCUUAAAGGUUUAUAACUGAAAGAGAACACCAUAUUUUUAAUCUGAAAUAAAUUUACCUUUUUAUUUACAAAUUCUUAAAUUGGAACUGAAAAUAAUGUAACAUUGUUAGAAAAAAUACAAAUUUAAUGAAUGAAAAUAAAACUUUAAAUAAUAUCACCACUAAGUAUGAAGCAAGAUUUUGUAUACAUUAUGCAUAAAAAUAUUCAUUUGGGCCCGUGAAGAAGUUUAUUGUAUCUUAAGCAUACACCAGCAGAGAUAAUUGUCUUAAAUCUAUAUUUUACAAAUUGGUUAACAAAAUAGUGUGGCAGAUGUUUACUACCACAUUGUUUUGGAUUAUCUGCAUGUGAACAAAAAGAUUCACUUACAGAAUAUGGUAACUUCAAAAUGUAGUGUAUGUACUUGUGUAACAUAAGACUGCUAUAUGAACUGGUGACCUGUGCAAUUGCAGUUGUAACAUUAAUAAGACCACAGUCAUUACUGCAUUAACAUUAAUCCAUUUAUUAGAAUCAACAUAAUGAAGUGAAUUAUAGCUAUCCCUGUUUAUAAGGUGUAAUAACAACUUUUGAUAUUUUAUUUCAGGCACUGCUUAGCAUAUUAAAGCCAAUUAUCAAAAAUUGCACAUUUCAAGAAAGUACAAAUAUUUGAAUUUUUGUUUGAAGUUAAUACAAAUAAUGUUGAUGAUAAGUAACAAGAAAAUUUAACUCAACCCAAUACGUACAUGUGGACUUUUGCAAUUGGAAUAUUGAUUUCUUGAUCAUAUGCUACAUCAGUUUAAAAUGCACAAGAGCCAGGGGGCUAUACAGUAGUCAAAUCAUAAUUUUAUUAGCUUAAAACCAUAUAAAACAUAAGAAAAUAUUAAAAAGUAGAGAUAUUUUUAUAAUAUUAAUCUGGUCACUGAAAAUAACACACCAUUCAAGAGUUAAGAUAAAAGUAUUGUUUCUUAGUUGAUGCCAAAUGUAAGCUAAAGUAAAAUUAGUAAUUAGUUGGAAUUGCUGGUAAUAGAUAAUGGUUCACCACUAGGAUGUAAUUUUGCUUGGUAUGUAUAGUAAAGAGUUAGUUUUAUAGUGCAAAGCUAUAUAAUAGGCUACUUGUACUCUGCCCAUUGUGGGUAAUCAAACCUCAUAUUUUAAAAUUGUAAAUAUAUAAACUUACCACUGACAUGACCAUAACAAAGAGUGGUUGAUGCUUGUGCUUUUAUGUAAAAAAUAUAAAAUUUGCUCUUCUGAAAAUGUAAAUUUGGUAAUGUAAUAACUUAGUCUUUAAAGUUUGCUAAUACUAUAGAAAAAUGUUUUAUUUUAAUAAAAACUUUCUAUUACCUUUAAUAGUCAAAACAUUUACUAUAAUUUCUUUUUUAAUUGUAGGAAUAAAAAUAUUUAAUACAACUAAAUAUGUAUUAAAGUGAUAGGAAAAAUCCAGAAAAAAACCUUUUCCAUCACUCACAUUUGAACUACCAGUCAGAAUAUGUUGUCGACCUUUUCAAAACUUCUAUUUUAAUUGACAAAUACAACUUACUAUUGUUGCUAUUGGAAAUGAUAAUGUGAAACUACAGAUUUGAUUAAGUUGGUGUGUUUCUAAUUUGGAUCAAGUAGGACUGUUUGUGAAUUUUUUAAAACUUUACUGUAUUUUCAUAAAGAUUUUGAAAUACUCUUAUGAUGUAAUAGUGUUUGUACUCACAUAAACUACACUUUUCCUAUUUAUUGUAAGUAAUAAAAGUAAACAAUUUAAAGAUUAUCAAGUUAAGUAAUUUCAUAUUCAAAUGACAUUUUAUUUCAAUUUUAACACUUUUUUGAACACUAAGUAUAUGGAUGUAUUCAUUUCUUUGAUAAAUGAAUUAAGUUAAAUCUUAUAAGAAAACUUAAAACUUUGUUUCUAUGCUUAAUUUUUCUUGAUUCCAAUUACUUGACUGUGUUGAUACAUUUGUACACAGUGUUACACAAACAAGUAUCUAUACAUAUAUAUAUAUAAUCAAUAUCCGUAAAAAAAAGACAAUUUGGUGAAAGUCUGAAACAUAAUGAUAUCAGGUCAUUGUGGUUGUAUUGAAUUUAACUGCAAUACACCUGAACAAUUUUUUAGGCUAUUGUUUCGUAUUGUAGUUUGUGUUCUUUGUUCCAGAAUUGGUUAUAAUAAAAUAUUUUGUAUAUUACUUUGGAAAAACUCACAAGAGUUAAUGUAUAUAAGGCUACAAGCUUCAAGAUUUAGAAGUUUAAAAAGAAUGGAAUUACCAAGAGAUACAAAAAAUUGUAAAUUUCUGCUUUCUCAUUAAGAGUAGAGUGGAGCAUUGCUAUGAACUAACUGACUAUGUAAAAAAAAAAAAUUAUAUAACAAAAGUACGUACACUGCAAUAUUGUAAUUAUUUGUAUAUGGUAAUAAUUUUGAGUGGUGUAUGUUAAGAUACCACCUUGCUCAUGGUUAUAUUUGUAUAGUAGCUAGAUACACAUAGUUAUAUGUCAAACUAAAAAUACCUUGUACAGAAAAUGUGGGUUAAGAAUUAACAUAUCUGUAGUAAUUUGCAAACUAUCAAAAAAUUAAUAGGCUGGAUAGCUAAAAAUUAGCAUGUUGUAAUUCCAAGAAUGAGAUAAAUCACAAUGAAAAUUGCCAGACAUUGCAUUUCAGUCCAUAAAAUGCAAGUAUAUAGUAAUGGUGUUACAAAGUGAAACAAAUUUGCUGCUUUACUAUAUGUGAUUUUUAAUGUUUUUUUUUUGUAUUGUGAAAUAUUUUAUAGCAUUGCAUGAAUACUUUUUUGUGAUCGAUGUGUAAUCAUUUCAUGAAUUUUUGUAAUGAGUAGAGCACUUAGUUAAAAAGAAAGAGGCCUCUAUAAACAUGUGAAAAAAAUGUCACUUAACCCUGCGUUAGUCUUCUUUAAAAAAUUUUUUCCAUAGUCACUCUUCCAGGGUCUGACUUGACUCCAUCAAUAAAAAAAAAUAAUUUACAAAUAUUUAAAAUAACAAUAAUAAAAAAACUUAUUUUGGAAACAAAAAAAACUAACACAAAAUAUUUUCAUUUAUUAAUCAAUAAAUGAAUAUUGAAUGUUACAACUUGUUGCUUUUUUUACCACCUAAACUAAGUGUAACAAUUUAACACACUAAUGCUACUGAGAACAACAAACAUGUACAUGCUUCUAUCUGUCGGUGCCAAUGUUUACAAAAUAAUUGGGGUCUGUGAAGACCCUGGAAGACUAAUGCAGUGUUAAAAACUUUUGUGAUAGAAUAGCUUGUUCAUUCCAUAAAAGAUAUCCUUAACAUACAGAUAUAUAGAACUGGGAGGAUUGUUAUUUUAUUCAUGAUAUGUUUUGAUUGUACUCAUCUGUUGUUCACACUGAGAUGUAGUUUGUAGUUGUAUUGAUUAGAUAGUUAUGAUAUACAGUCAACUUUUAAAGUUUAUAAAUAUUAAUUUUGGGUAAUAGUUCUGUUAAGUCAUUACAAAGUAAAUUACAAUAUUAUGAAAAUAUACCUUUCAACACUGCAAGUAAUAAAGGAACUAUAUCUUGCAUUGAUUUUCAAAUUUGAUUUCAUUAUGAUAUGUACUUGAUCAAACUGAUCUAGUGUAUCAAAUAAUAGCUUCCAAGUACAUAGUUAUCUUGAUUUGUAUAAAAAAAAAAACAUUAAUAUAUGGGCUCUAGAACAUUGUCAUGUCAAAUAAAUAAAAUACUUUAAAAUAAACUGUGAGGAUAUCUUAGGAAUGUUUUGUUAUGGACUACUUGAUAGUUUUCAUGAAAACACUGUUUCUGUGGCUGACUUUAAAUACUAGAAGAAGGCAUUGGAAUGAUGACCAAGUGUCUUUAUGGAGAUUUAUUGGGUAGUUACAUACAUGAACAGUGCUUCUGAGAAAAAUAAUGUUUUUUAAGAAAAGCACUUCCAAAGUACAUGUGUAAACAUUUUUUGGGUAUAACAAAAAUAGCUAAAACCCACAAUUUAUGACACAGAUCAAAACUGAAAUAACUGAUUUAACAAUGAUGUAAUGGAAACAAAUGAUUUGAUGAUAAAGUUUUUAUUUUAAAAUUAUUUUUUUUGUAAGAAGUCUAAAAAAAAAACAAACAUACUUGCCAUUUUUUAUGUUGUUGUGUCCUGCAAAACUUGUUUCCAGUUUCACCAAAGACUUGUAAUUUUUUUUAUUGUUUUUAUGUUAGCAUAUCUGUAUAGAUUGACAAGGGAUUAAAAAGUUUUGAGAUCAUAAUAAGUUUGAAUUUCAAAAUAAAAAAAAAUCAUUCAUUUUGUUCUGGUA